AUGGCGAAAACGACGGGCGCCGACCUGUCGGGGUUCAUCGAACGGCUCGAGCCGCCGCCGCUGCGCGCGCGAUGGGCGCACUUCUCGGCGGAGUCACUGGCGGAGCUCAAGGAGCGGGCGCGGCAGGAGCUCCUCGCGGCCGGGGACGCGCCCGGCGCCGCCGCCCUGACGCGGUUCCAGGCCUUGUCCUCGCUCCUCUGGCGCAGCAUCACCCGCGCGCGGCGAGUCUCGCCGGACCAGGAGACCACGUGCCGCGCGGCCGUGAACAACCGGGCUCGGCUCCGUCCGGCGCUGCCCGCGGACUACUUCGGCAACUGCGUCGACGCCGUGAGCACGGACGCCGAUUCGCCGGUGCGCGCGUCGGAGCUCCUCGAACGCGGGCACGGGUGGGCGGCUGCGGCGGUGGGGCGCGCGGUGGCGGCGCACACGGACGGGGCCAUCAGGGCGCGCGUGGCGGCGUGGGCGGCGAGGCCGGUGGUGUACACGCUGCGGUGGUACGACCCGUGUGGGGCCAUGGUGGGGAGCUCGCCGCGGUUCGACAUGUACGGGUGCGACUUCGGGUGGGGGAGGCCGGCGGCGGUGCGGAGCGGCAAGGCGAACAAGAUGGACGGGCGGGCGUCGCUGUACCCCGGGCGCGAGGGCGGAGGCAGCAUGGACGCGGAGGUGACGCUGACGCCGGAGCACAAGGCGGCGCUGGAGGGCAACGAGGAGUUCUGGGCAGCCGUGACACCUCUCUUAUUUAACUCUGCCAAACCAAGUUCACUCAUAUGUCCAAGACGCAUAUGCCAAAGGUUAGCAGCAUCAUAA